GACUUCCCUUCUGCUCAGGGUUUCGCCUGGCCGCGGAAGAAGCUGCCAUGUCUCCAGGACCCUUUUUGCUCUGAGCGCUUUGUGCUUGUCUACAACCACCAUGGCUGGAGCCGGGAUCCUGGCUGGGGAGCUCAGAGUAGAGCUACAAGAGCGUCUGGCCUGUCUAAGGAGACAGAGAGAAGAAGCAACAGCUGAUGAGAAGAAGAUCAAGGAGCUGCUGAAGCGAAUAGAUGCUGAGAAGCAGAAAAUCAUCCAGGAGUGGAAGGAGCUCCGGGAGUAUCUGGAGGAGCAGGAGCGGGUCUUGCUGGGCUGGCUGGCAGAGCUAGACAGGAGCCUCAUGCAGAAAAAGGAAGGCAGCAUCUCCCGGCUCUCCAGAGAGAUUGUCCUGCUUGAUGAUCUGCUCAGCAGAAGGGGAGGGGACAAAGAACAGCUGUCGCCAAACAGCAAUAUGCAGGACUUCAGAAGCACUGAGAGCAGUAAGGAGGAGGACAUGUCCCUGAAAUCGGAGCUCAGUUUUGAGGAGCUGGAACAGAGGCUUGAUAAUUUCUCUCAGAGAAAGGAUAACCUGCAAGAACUAAUGCUUGAAUUUAAAGAGACUUUACGGCUAGAGCUGGAGGUUGAUGCAGGCUUCAGAAUAGUAGCCCUUUCUCACUCCAGAGAUCCCUCUCCUCAGGAAGAACAGCCAGCAGAUGGUUUGGAAAAAGGAGCUUUGCCUGUAGGAGAGACAUUUCAGGCUCCAGUGGUCUCCUGUCAGGUAGUCGAAUAUAUUGGUAUAGAACCUUGGGGUUCUAAGGAACCAGUGAAGUCACAGAUAAGCAGAGGCCUAGGGGACCGAAGAGAAGUUGGCGAGGAUAUGGCGCAUGAAGCUGCAAUACAGCUGCCAAAGCAGGAAAACCUUAAACAAGGGGAGAUGCAUGUGACUGCACUGGCCAAACACUGUGGGGUAAUUUUACAGAAUUCCGAGGAGGAAUUUUUGAAGGCUGAGUAUGAACCAAGAAACAAUUCUGUGGAAAUCCAGGGCAGUAAAAACCACCAAGAAUCUCAAAUAUGGUCUAAUAUGGGUACAGAAAAGAAACCCCACAAAUGCCCUGUCUGUGGGAAAGGCUUCCGCCGGUUUUCAACCCUGAUUACCCACCGGCGCAUUCAUACUGGAGAGAGGCCUUAUGAAUGCCACCAAUGUGGGAAAAGCUUCAACCAGACGUCCAACCUUUUUCGACAUUUGAAAAUCCACACAGGCGAGAAACCCCAUGCCUGCCCUGAGUGUGGGAAACGGUUCAGUUUUGCCUCAGAUGUUGCCAAGCACCAGAAAAGCCACAUAGCAGGAAAAUCUCUGACAUGUUCUGUGUGUGAGAGAGGUUUUAGGGACCGCUUAACCCUGGUCAAACACCAGCGGACUCAUGGAAGUACAAAAGCAUACAAGUGCCCUGACUGUGGCAAAGGUUUUAGGUUUAAUUGCUUCCUCAUGGCCCAUCGGAGGAGGCACACAGGGGAGAAACCAUACAAAUGUGCUGAGUGUGGGAAAAACUUCAGUUCUCGCUCAGCCCUUCUUACUCAUCGCCGAGUCCACUCAGAGGAGAAACCUUAUAAAUGUUCUGAGUGUGGCAAGAGCUUCAGUCAGAAUUCAACUCUGAAGACUCACCGGAGAAUUCAUACAAAUGAGAAACCUUAUGAGUGCCCAGACUGUGGAAAAUGCUUUGGCCAGCGUUCCACUCUUAUUAAACAUGAGAUAAUCCACACAGGUGAGAAACCCUACCUGUGCACUGAAUGUGGCAAGAGUUUCAAUCGGAGCUCAGCCCUUCUAGCACAUAAAAGAAUCCAUACAGGAGAGAAGCCUUUUGAAUGCCCAGACUGUGGGAAAAGUUUCACUCAGAAUGGACAUCUUAAUAGACACCGGAGAGUCCACACCAAAGACAAAGGAAGCCAAUAAAGGAGUCUCUUCCUAGGUCGGAAAUGGAAACCCAUGCUUAUUAAUGGAACUAUAGCUGAAGAUGCUUGGUUAGGUGGCCAGUUCACUGGCUGUUCAACCUCUCAUGGAGCCAUUUGGAACAAAGAAAGUGGUGUCAUUGGGUCCAGAGGAGGUUCUGUUUUGGAAGUAUAGGAUGAUAAAAAAGUUGUGCAUUUGCAGUGGGAGACAGGGAGCAAAGACCCUUUCCCCCAUUGCAAACACCCCCCCCCACACCAAAUUAAUGUUAUCUGUGAUGGGAAUGCUUACCUGGCUAUCUGCCUCUCCAGUAAUGUUCAUGUCAACAUCUUUCUCCUAAAUUUCCUUCCUGGUUUUUAUCAAUAUAUUUAAUUCUCACCAUGGCUAAA